AGCUUGCCGAAAAAAGACCCUAAAUAAGGCGAGUAUAUGAGAAGCAGUCUUGCGCGCCGUUUCAAGUUUUCGAAACGGAACGAUGGGAAUUGAGUAGUCGGAGAUGGUUAGAGAAUAAUGAUCAGAUUAUCGCUACGAUGAAUAAUUUGGAGAAUCUCGCUAUGGAGACAGAGUCAUUUGAUAAAGCAAAGGUGGGCAAGCUAAAGAGACGUUCGGCAUCUUCCUCCAACAAUGAUUCUGAGAAGAACAGAAAGAGACGAAAUGUAUGCAGCAAGGAUAAAAGGAAGAAGUCGAGACGUAGGAGUAGUUCCAACAGUUCUAGUUCUUCUGAUAUCUCAAACUCGGAGAAAGCUACGCAUAAAGCAAGGAAGGAUAGGGAUGAGGAUACCAGGUACAAAACUAAGAGGUACGAAAACAAUAUGGAGUUGCAAAGAAGAAGCGGAAAGUACAAUAACGAUUACAGAUUCUACAAUCGGAGGCAUGGUAACUUUAUGAAUAAUCAAAGAGAUUAUGGAUAUUCACGACCUUAUAGAUACCACAAUUAUAAUAGAAAUAGAAGAGAUACGCAUAACAAUUAUCACUAUAAUAGAUAUAAUAGCAGAAGCUUCGAAAGAACAUUUAAUCAUAACAGAUCAAGAGUAUCAAGUUAUUAUAGAAAUAUUGGCCAGGAUGCGACUAGUCGGCUAUCGCGAGAGAGUACUUCGAAGGAGCAUACGAAUCAGUCAAGGUCCACUUCUAAGAUAGAAAAGUCUGACUCGGUGAAGGAUGAUACAGAUACAGUCGAACAAAUGAGACACAGAGAGGAGAAGAAGAAGGCGGAAAAUACACCAAGUAUAACUCAGCCAAGUCGCAAGAAGUUAAAGAGGAAAAGAUUGUCGUCCACAUCUAGUUCUUCUAGUGUCAGUAGCAGCAGUAGCGACAGUAGCAGUAGUAGUUCCAGCAGCAGCAACAGCAGUAGCAGUAGCAGCGACACUGACAGCAGUAGCAGUAGCAGCAGCAUUGAUAGCUCGGAGGACGAAAAGAAGCAGAAGAGAGCCAAGAAGAAGGCUAAGAAAUUGAAGAAGGCCAUGAAGAAGCGGAAGAACAAGAAACGCAUGAGGAAGAAAUUGAAGAGGAGACUAAAGAAAUCUGCAUCCAAGAGGAAAGGGCACGGUAAGAAGAAGUCGAAGGAAAAUAAGCAAGUUCAGGACGACAAGGAUAAAAUGAAGGAAAUUGUAUCGGACGUGAAAAUAGAAAGAGCGAAAGCCAUGGCGCCCAUGACGAAAGAGGAAUGGGAGAAAAGGCAGAGCAUCGUGCGCAGAAUGUACGACGAAGAAACUGGAAGACACAGAUUAAUCAAGGGUGAUGGAGAAGUAUUGGAGGAGAUAGUGAGUCGAGAGCGUCACAAGGAAAUUAAUAAGCAAGCGACGAAAGGAGAUGGUAAAUACUUCCAAACGCACUUGAAGAUGAAUGCUUUGUGAGAUAUGUAUUUUUGUCCAAACAAAAGCAUAAUUACUCUCUUUACAUAUAUACGUUAGAUGUUAUAAUACAAAUCUGUAUGUAUAUAAGUUAUAUAUUUAUGAAUGUAUAUAUACAUGUAUAUAUAUGCAUAAAUCAUAUAUAACUUAUAUUCUUUCUUGUCACAUACAAUGUUACUGUCUGACGUUAUAAUAUGUUUUGUAUUUCAAUUUUGAACAUUUAUCUAAUCUAAGGGUACACGUAAAUUUAUUAUGUAUCAUUAUUGGGGUCGGUAUUUACAGUCGGAUCUUAUAUUCAAAACCAUCUUGAAUUUAUCUAAAGAUGCUGUACGGAACGUUUCACUACGGAGUAUUUAAAGAUGAUGUUGAGUCAGUCUUGAAUGUAAGAUCUGACUAUGAAUACUGGCCUAGGGUCCGAAUGUUCGACUCACUCGCACGCGGUGGUGUUUCGCGCGCACCGAGAAAUCGCACCAACUUUCGGGUCCUAGCCAUUACAAUCGUAAUUCAUGCGUGGGCCACAGGAAAUUAAAUUAAGUUUAAAUUUUUUUUAUGUUAUCGCUAUUAUAUGACACAAUAAGAAAUAAAUUUUUAUUUAGGAAAUCCUUUUUUAUUUCAUUGAGAAAAGUAAAUUAACUUAACUCAACCUGAUCAAAAUAACCAUUAGAAGGACAAUUUUUUUAAUUUAGUAUAAAAAAGAAUACGCAUUUUGUAUAUUCUGGAAUUUACACAUAUUAUAUUAUACAUACAUACAUAUAUUUGCGAAUAAUUAUGUCAAUGAUCGAUAAUGCAAAGGUUUCGCUGGACGGUCAUUAUUAAUCGAUUCUAAUUGUUUCGCGAGAUAUAUCGACUAUUAUUCAAAUGGAUUCAGAUAUCUUAUUGUUACACUGUGUCUCUAGCAGAGAGAAGUCAGAGUGGUCAUGCCGGAUCGUGCUGAUUUAUAGCGCCAUCGCAUCUAUUUUAUCGUGGGAGUAGGAACUACGUUCAUCUACUUAUCCAGAUGGAAAAUGCUAUUUGGUUUCUAUCUGUGCCACACUAGCAUGGAUCACCAACAUGAUCUUGCUCUCAUUGUCAAUCUUCUCUCUGCCUCUAGCCAGACAGUAGUAGCAGAAUUAUACAUAAGACAAGCUUUUAUCAAAUUUCCGCGAAUUUUUAAUAUCAAAUAAGAUGGCAAUUUCUAUUAUCUUUCCAUGAGGGAAGCUGAGGUUUCUUUGUAGUAUUGUAAUCAUUUUUAAUUCAAUUUAAUUAAUUUUUAUAAUUACCUGCAACUACUUAGUAAAUGCCAUACAUAUAUGUAUAAAAUUUUACUUUUAGUAGCAAUAUGAUUUUAUUAUCUAACUAGAAUAGAACAGCUAACUAGAAAUGUUAGAGAAACCUACUUUUACUACCUUGAUCAUUUGAUUAGCGUUAAUUCUUUUAGGCAGGAUGAGAAAAAUUUAGAAAUUAAGUAAAAUAAAAUAAUAUUAUAUUAAGGUAA